AUGCCUAACGAAGACGUGUUUCGCUUGGUCGUGAACUCGACCACCCCCAGCGUUCCUACCAAACGCUCAAUUCUUUCAUUUAUCGCGAGGCUUUACGACCCUCUCGGAUGGGCCGCUCCCGUCGUGAUCGUGGCAAAAAUAAUACUUCAAGAGCUGUGGUUGUUACAUUGCGAAUGGGACUCUCUCAUCUCCGAUGAGUUAACGUCCCGUUGGAAUUAUUUUGUAUCAGAAUUUCACAAAUUAGAAAUGAUCAAAAUUCCACGGUGGACUGGUCAAGGUCCACAAACUCUCGCGCUAGAGAUACACGGUUUCGCUGACGCGUCAAAUCGAGCUUAUGCCGCCGUCUUAGUUGGAACUCCGAUCCAUUGUUGGACGGAUUCCACGAUAGCUCUGGCGUGGUUGCGCCAGCACCCAUCAAAGUGGAACACAUACGUGGCCAACCGCGUGGCUGAAAUACAGAACAAUUUGCCAUCUACUCGGUGGAGUCACGUACCAUCGGCAGAGAACCCGGCGGAUUGUGCGUCGCGCGGGCUAUCCGCGUCUGAGUUAGUGUCGCAUUCGCUAUGGUGGACGGGACCACCAUGGCUUCGGCAACCUUCAACGGCUUGGCCGAUUCAUGAUAUGACGAAUACUAGACCCACUAAUGAACUACAGCAAGUUUCAGCUGAACUGCGAAAAACCAAAGUUCUUCACAUUGAAGGUGAAGAAGAGUGGGAUCUACUUUACAAAUUUUCAAGUUGGACGAAGCUCGUCCGAGUGACGGCUUACGUCCACAGGUUUCUCGCCUUACUGCGGAAGGAAAAGGUUCGUAAAUUUAAAAAAGAUUCGACACUGAGCGUCGACGAGCUUAAACGGGCCGAGCAAUUCUGGCUGUCUUAUGUCCAGCGGAGAGCUUUCAAGGUCGAAUUCAAAACUUUGCAAAAGACUGCCACGAUUUCAAAAAAGAGUUCCCUUCGAACUUUUGCUCCAUUCUUAGGAAAAGAUUCGGUACUCCGGCUUGGCGGGCGGUUGCGACACUCCGCUCUUAGCUACGAUGAGCAACAUCCCGUAAUCGUGCCGCGCGGACAACUCGCUUACCUUCUAAUCGCUCAAGCUCAUAAGAGUACACUCCACGGUGGAGUUCAAAUCGUGCUGCGCACCCUUCGUCAGAAUUAUUGGUUAAUGGGAGGGCGAAACUCCGUCAAGGGAUAUAUAAGACAAUGCAUCCCUUGCGUACGUCACUCGGCUAAACUUUCGAGCCAAUUCAUGGGAGACCUCCCGUCUCCACGCGUCAAUCCGUCGUCUCCAUUUGCUCAUACGGGAGUGGAUUAUGCUGGCCCUUUCUUAGUCACGCCGUUCGUUGGCAGAGGCCAAAAAACCAGAAAAAAUUAUAUAGCUUUGUUCAUCUGCCUCGUCACGAAAGCAAUCCACGUAGAGCUAGUCGAAGACUACUCUAGCGCUGGGUUCCUCGCCGCCUUUCGGCGAUUUGUGAGCCGAAGGGGCUUGCCGUCCAAGCUAUAUAGCGAUAAUGGAACGAACUUCCACGGGGCUGACAAGGAAUUGAACGACGCGUUCAGCGCCUUGAUGAAGGAUUCGUCACUGCACGACAUCCUUGCAAAUGACAAAAUUGAAUGGAACUUCAUUCCGUCUGCGGCUCCUCACUUCGGUGGGCUAUGGGAGGCGGGAAUCAAAAGUCUCAAGUCGCACUUAAAACGAGUCGCCGGUUCGCGAACUCUGUCACAGGCCGAAUUCGCGACGUUAUUAUGCCAAAUCGAGGCGUGCUUAAAUUCUCGUCCGAUCGCGGCAUUAAGCGACGAUCCGAGUGACCUAUCGGCACUCACUCCGGGUCAUUUCCUGAUCGGGCGCCCCAUAAUUGCGAUACCGGAGGAGUCAGUGCUCGAAAGUAAUGCGAAUCGACUAUCGCGAUGGCAGAUGGUCCAUUCUUUAGUCGAACAGAUUUGGCGCUCGUGGUCACAAGACUACUUGCACUCCCUGCAGCAGCGGCGUAAGUGGUCGGAAAAAACGUCUUGUUUUCGCAUAGGAGAACUCGCCUUGUUGAAGAAUCCCUUGCUCCCUCCGAGCAAGUGGAACCUAGCGCGAGUCACGCAGAUUCAUCCCGGCUCGGAUGGACUCGUGCGAGUAGUUACGGUGAGAACUGCGAGCUCGAUCCUGAAACGACCAAUUACGCUACUGUGCCGGCUGCCAAUCAAUAGCAAUAUUUGA